CUCCAUUCUUAUUCCGCCUCCUACUCCUUAAACCCUAACUUCUUAUUUUCUUUAGUUUCUCUCUCUUCAGUUCAAAUUCGAUCUCGAGGUCAGAGAAAUCUCAUCAAUGGCGGAAGCUGAGACGUUUGCCUUCCAAGCUGAAAUCAACCAGCUUCUUAGUCUCAUCAUCAACACUUUCUACAGUAACAAGGAGAUCUUUCUUCGUGAGCUUAUCAGUAACUCUUCCGAUGCUUUGGAUAAGAUCCGUUUUGAGAGCUUGACAGACAAAAGUAAGCUCGAUGGACAGCCAGAACUCUUUAUUCACAUCGUGCCAGACAAGGCUAACAACUCCCUGUCAAUCAUUGACAGUGGUAUUGGAAUGACCAAGGCUGAUUUGGUGAACAACCUGGGUACUAUUGCCAGGUCUGGAACCAAGGAGUUCAUGGAAGCUUUGGCAGCUGGAGCUGAUGUGAGUAUGAUUGGUCAGUUUGGUGUUGGGUUCUACUCUGCAUACCUUGUUGCCGAGAAGGUUAUUGUCACAACAAAGCACAAUGAUGAUGAACAGUAUGUGUGGGAGUCCCAAGCUGGUGGUUCCUUCACUGUGACCAGGGACACAACUGGUGAGCCCCUUGGCAGGGGUACUAAAAUCACUCUCUACCUUAAGGAGGACCAACAAGAGUACCUUGAAGAGCGUCGCCUCAAGGAUCUAAUCAAGAAGCACUCUGAGUUCAUCAGCUAUCCCAUUUCUCUCUGGAUUGAGAAGACCAUUGAGAAGGAGAUUUCUGAUGACGAGGAUGAAGAGGAGAAGAAAGAUGAGGAAGGUAAAGUAGAGGAUGUUGAUGAGGAAAAAGAGAAGGAAGAGAAGAAGAAAAAGAAGAUCAAGGAGGUCUCCCAUGAAUGGUCAGUUGUUAACAAGCAAAAGCCCAUCUGGAUGAGGAAGCCAGAGGAGAUUACAAAGGAGGAGUACGCUGCUUUUUACAAGAGCCUUACCAAUGACUGGGAAGAGCACUUGGCAGUGAAGCACUUCUCUGUUGAGGGUCAGCUAGAAUUCAAGGCUGUCCUCUUUGUUCCCAAGAGAGCACCCUUUGAUCUCUUUGACACAAAGAAGAAGCCAAACAACAUCAAGCUCUAUGUUCGCCGUGUCUUCAUCAUGGACAACUGUGAAGAUUUGAUCCCUGAGUACCUUAGCUUUGUGAAGGGUAUUGUUGAUUCCGAGGAUCUUCCUCUUAACAUCUCCAGGGAGAUGUUACAGCAGAACAAGAUCUUGAAGGUCAUCAGGAAGAAUCUUGUCAAGAAGUGUGUUGAGCUAUUCUUUGAGAUUGCUGAGAACAAGGAAGACUACAACAAGUUCUACGAGGCCUUCUCCAAGAACUUGAAACUUGGUAUCCACGAGGACUCAACCAACAGAACUAAGUUUGCUGAGUUGCUGAGAUACCACUCAACCAAGAGUGGUGAGGAGAUGACCAGCCUUAAGGACUAUGUUACCAGAAUGAAGGAGGGCCAGAAUGAGAUUUACUACAUCACUGGUGAGAGCAAGAAGGCUGUUGAGAACUCUCCCUUCCUUGAGAAGCUGAAGAAGAAGGGCUAUGAAGUCCUUUACAUGGUUGAUGCUAUUGACGAGUAUGCAGUUGGUCAGCUUAAGGAGUUUGAGGGAAAGAAGUUGGUCUCUGCCACCAAGGAGGGUCUUAAGCUCGAUGAGAGCGAGGAUGAGAAGAAGAAAAGUGAGGAACAAAAGGAGAAGUUUGAGGGCCUGUGCAAGGUCAUCAAAGAUGUUCUUGGAGACAAGGUUGAGAAGGUUAUCGUCUCUGACCGUGUUGUUGACUCUCCCUGCUGUUUGGUCACUGGUGAGUACGGCUGGUCUGCUAACAUGGAGAGGAUCAUGAAGGCCCAAGCACUUAGGGACUCUAGCGUUGCUGGUUAUAUGUCUUCCAAGAAGACCAUGGAGAUCAACCCUGAGAACCCAAUCAUGGAAGAGCUCAGGAAGAGGGCUGAUGCUGACAAAAACGACAAGUCUGUUAAGGACUUGGUUCUCCUCCUAUUCGAGACUGCCUUGUUGACAUCUGGGUUCAGCCUUGACGAGCCAAACACCUUCGGGAACCGCAUCCACAGAAUGCUGAAGCUUGGUCUGAGCAUUGAUGAUGAUGCUGGAGAAGCUGAUGUUGACAUGCCAGCACUUGAGGAAGUCGAUACUGAAGGAUCCAAGAUGGAGGAAGUCGACUAAGCUUGAUGGUUUCUAGCUUUAUUUGAUUUACUUGGGUAGUAGCAGUAGUUAUUAGUUUUCGUUCCGUCUUUUUAAUACUUUUAUUAUCAUUUUGCCCCUGCUUAAUGUGAGUAGUCUCUUUUGAGUUUUGAACUGUGGGAAUUUUUUUUGGGUGGUAGCUGGCUGCCAUGUUUUGCUUGGGGCCUUUUGUUUAGAUUUGAACGGAAGACAAGUGAUUAGCACAGUUAAAUGAAUCUAUAUAUUUUGCGUAAA